UGCGAUUAUCAAAGCUGGAUGCAAUACAUACUUUAAUUUUUCUUCCAGAAAAUAGCAUGCUUUGUAAUAAUUUAUCGAAUUAUAUUUUACGCGCGGAAAAUUGCACUUUGAGUUUUUUUAUAUAUAUUGCCAUUUCUUACACUUGAGUAAUUUAAUAUUUGUAAGUUUAGAAUAAUCUAAAAUUUGUAAUAAAAUUGGAUUUUAUAUUACUUUUAAAGAUUAAAUUAAUUGCCUCGCGCUUCUUAUUCGUGGUAAGUAUGUAUGUAUGUAUGUACAAAUGGGUUUCUAUGGUAACAUUUGCCACAAAUAAGAAAGCACGUAAGAAUACACGGUGAAAUCUGCAUAUCUCAAUUACAGUGGUUGAGCACUGACUUUUUCCUGCGAAAAUGUCCUACCGUGAUUUACGUAAUUUCACAGAGAUGAUGAGAGUGCUGGGCUACCCGAGACUAAUUUCCAUCGCGAAUUUUCGCGUACCGAAUUUUCCUUUGGUCGCCGAGAUCCUAGUUUGGCUGGUGAAACAAUUUGAUCCAGAUAACGAUAUGCCCAACGAUCAUGAUACCGAAGAGCAACGCGUGGCGUUGAUACGAAGUGUCGCUGAAUUUAUGGCAUUGAAGACAAAUAUCAAAUUAAACACAAAGAAGCUGUAUCAAGCCGAUGGUUACGCGGUGAAGGAAAUGUUGAAAAUUACAACGAUGCUGUACGAUGCUCAAAAUAGUUGUAGCAUCGAGGAAAAUCGAUCCGACAAUAAUCAGAGUGUAGUGAAUUUCGACAUAUCCGAUAAAAUUAAUGAGCUGAAAACGACGCGACAGCUCGCCAGUCAAUUGACUAUCAACGGGGCGACUCUCUUCGAUUUACUUGGCCGAGAAAUGGAGCUUCGAGAGAUUCGCAAUACAAAAAUUGCCAGGGAAUUCGACACCUCGGAAAUAGAAGCAGCUUUGAAAGACGUUAUCGCGAAUACGCAUAAAGAGAUUGACGAAACCAAGAAGCAAAUUGAAAAUGUCAAGGAUACGGAACAAAACCUAGAUGUGAGAAUCGAGAGACGGCGAACGGAACUCGAUAGGAAUCAAAAGAGACUCCACACAUUAAAGAAAGUCCGUCCAGCGUUCAUGGAGGAAUUCGAAAAGCUUGAAAUUGAGUUGAGAGCUUUAUACGAUGAUUAUUUACAGAAAUUUCGUUAUCUGGCAUACUUAGAACACUUGUAUGAAGAUGCGGCCAAAGCAGAGCAAGAAAGAUUCGAAAGACGACAAGCUGCAACCAAGAAGCAAUUGGAGCAAAUGAGAACCGAAGAUUCAAACUUUGAAAGUAUGAUGGAAGGGAACGAUUCCUUAUUCGCUACAAAUCUUCAAGAACCAUUAGUUACUUCGCUUGCAAAUCCAGAGACCGCGACAACGGAAAAAUCUGGCCAAUCCGCCCAUGUCAAACCAAGCACUGGGAAAGCAUCGAAGAUGCAAUAUACACAGCGGCGCAUUUACGGUAGCAUGUCUGGACGGCAAAGGGGUACGAUUCAAGAAUCAAAUGACAGCGACGGCUCGUUGGACAGCGAUAGCGACUUAUUAAUCGACGGUGAUCUUGACGAUGACGAUGACGAUGAUGACGAUCUUUUGAAUUCUGUAGGUGCACCGGAUAUCGGCGGAUAUGACCUUAAAGCUGCCCAAGAAAAGCGAUCUGUUAGUAAGAUAGACAGACAUUCGGACGAUGAUUUUUAAUCAAUAUAAUGUGGUCUCUCUGCUAAUCGUCAGCAUGUUUUCUAUAAUAGUAGAUAGAAAUUGUAUAUAUGCAAGAAAAAAAUAUAUAUUUAUAAUGAGAUACAUAAAGUGCAACAUAUAGAAAUAAAAAUAUAAUAAUUUAUGAUUUUAUAUAUGUUUGAGGGUGGUUUCGAAAAUAAAAAAAAGAAAUACAAUGUCUUUUUCUUAUUUAAUAAACAAAAACCACACACAAAAUGAGUUCUAACUUAUUUCUCCACGUAAUCUGCAAUUAGAUGUAGGCAUUUGUCUCAGCGUUACCACUUUUAAACGUUCUUGUAUGUGCAUUAAACUCUUCUGUACUUUACUUUUGAAACUUCCCUUGUACAUAUAUAUACUCUUAUAAACAAAUGCUCUUAACAUUAAUAUAUUAAUAAAAUUUACAUAAAUAAUGCAAUUUGUAGUUUUUAAAUAAUAUGCAACAAAGAUUCAAGGAAAUCGAAGUAUAUAUUUUUUUGUCCUAAUAUCAUAUUUAUUUUCGUCAACAUAAUCGUCGAUGUCGACACAUUGUAAAUUGUAGCUCAUCGAUCACAUGUAACUUAGGUCUAUCGUAUAUGCCCAUGUACGUGUGUCCACGUAUGCACAUGCGUCCAUGUAUACACAUAUAUACAUAAACUUGUGUAAGAAACGCGUAAGAAACACGAUCCUUUAUAUAUUUUAACAAAGAUAUAGAAAGAUUUUGCUAGACGUCGGCCACAGCGGCAUUCGGCAACGGUAUGGCUAUCCCGAUUCUGUUGCCAAUAAUGUUUCUCUUAUUAUCUGGUAAGUUGUACCUAUUUGAAACAUUUUAUCUUUCUACCAAAUUCACUUGUGCGACUUCAUCAUCGGCCUAUGUUUGCUUGUGUGCGUACAACGAAAAUGUUUCACUGUUUAUUGCUUAAAUAAUGUGGUCAAAAUAAUAAAUCAGGUAAUAAUUUUGCACAGCAAAUUCAUAAAUAUAUAUAUGUCCAUCUUUUUAAAAAAAAUUUUUUUAAAUUUUUAUAGAUUGUAAAAAAUAUUUUUUAUUAAAAAUUCAUUAUUUUAAUAUUUUCGAUAUAUAUAUAUUUUUUUUUUUUUGCUCAGAAUUCUGCAACUUAAUCCACCAUAUUGAUUGUUAUUGAAUUACAUAACAAUUUAUCAUAUUACAAAAUAUGAUCAUUCACGAUUUUUGUAUACUGUGAUGUAAAAGAAAACAUAUUGCACACAUGAAUAAAACAAAUAAUUUCAGAUUUGUUAUAAGAUCUUGAAAAGAAAAAGUAUUAUGUAUAUGACUAUUAGUAUACCUCUCUGUUUAAAUAAAUUCACAUCCUUUCAACAUUGGAUUUCUUACAAAUUUCCGACGGAUUGUAUCGGAAAUAAUAUUUUUUCGAGAACAUUGCAUAUCUCCUAGGCUGUCUCUGCAGAUCGAAUGUCUAACACUCUCCUAAAUACAUAUUAUACAUAUAUCACUAUGCUAAUUAUUGAUUCUAUAGAUAUGCGUAAGAUACAUUGUGCGGAUUUACAAAUAUUAAAAAAAAAAAAAAAGAUU